AUGAGCGGCAACCCCAGCCGAGGCCACGCCGGCGAGGCUCUGGAUCGCCAAGCGCAUCCGCCAGGCACAGUCCAGCUUCUUACAAGCUACGACUCGACUCAGAGCGGCGAAUUGAUCCUCAUCCCGACCCCUUCCGAUGACUACAACGACCCUCUGAACUGGUCCAUGUGGCGGAAGUGCCUCAGUUUUGGGCUUCUCAACUCUGUGACCACGGCCACCUUCACCGCGCUAACUACUUUGACGCUCUUUUGGACACAGAUGCAAGAGGAAAUUGACCUUUCGACCCAGGACUUCACGUACGCUCAGGCAAUCCAGCUCGUCGGACAAGCCUUCACCUGUCUCGCCCUGUUGCCCCUGAUUAGAAAAUAUGGAAGACGACCUACUUGCAUCUUGUCAUCGAUUAUUGUUUGCGCAUGCUCGUGGUGGAGCGUAUACAUGAAGAGCGCCCCUGAAGUCUACUUGUACAACUUCAUCAUGGGAAUGGCCGCAGAGGUCAACGAGGCGACCGUUCAGCUGAGUAUCCAAAGCACCUUCUUCUUGCACCAGCGCGGCACGACAAAUAGCAUCUACAUGGCGUCGGUGCUGGCUGGCUCAUUUCUCACACCCAUGGCUGCGGGUGUGCAAGCAGUGGAACAAGGAUGGCGGGCGUCGUAUCGUGCCCUCGCUAUAGUCAUGACCAUCCUGGCCGUCCUGUUCAUCGUCGCAUUUGAAGAGACCAAGUUUGAGUCGACUGUCUUUCAGGGAGUUGCGGCAGAAACUGAAGAGGCUACGCACGCGGAGUUGACCCUUGACGAAAAGGACGGCAUUAGCAUGCAUGGAGAUGGAGAGACUGGAAGCGAGAGGCCGUCAUUCCCUCGUUACCUUCGACUCCAACUCUUCAGCAGUUCGAACGAGUCUCUCUGGAGGUCCUACUACCAGCCGGCUUAUGCAUGCUGGCUGCCACACGUCAUAUUCGCGUCACUGCAGUUCGCGUCGGGAGUCUGCUGGCUCGUCUUCAUGUCCUCGAUGAUCUCGAUCCUCUUCACGGCGCCGCCCUACAACUUCGACGCUGCCGAGGUCGGCUACAUGUUUGCGGGGCCCUGCGUGGGAGCCGUCUUCGGCAGUCUCUACGGCGGGCCACUGGUUGACAAGGCGGUCGUCUGGUUCGCGCGACGCAAUGGGGGCUUGUUCGAACCCGAGAUGCGGUUGUACCUGUACCCCCUGCCGGCGCUGCUCAUGUCCGGAGGCAUCAUUCUCUUUGGCGUGACAGCUGAUCGGGGCCUGCAUUGGAUCUACCCGAGCAUCGGCGGUGCCUUGUUUUCGUUCGGGUAUGGUGCCGUGGGAGACAUAGCGUUCACUCUUGUGCUCGACGCGUUCCCUAAUGUCUUUGCGCAAUCAUUCGUGUGCAUUGCCUUUUUCCGCAACGCGGUGGGCAUCACCGGCCCCUUUUCCAUCACACCGUGGCUCGACACCAUGAGUGUCACCAACAUGCACAUUCUUGCUGGAUGCCUUUGCAUCCUCGUUAACGCCUUGGCACUGCCGCUGGCAAUCUGGGGCAAAAAGGCGAGAGUUGCCAUCGCGCCGCGCUACAACCAGCUGUCACAACGUCUUGCUGAAGAGUGA